CGCACGUGUGUUGAGCGGCUUUGCCAGCCGACAGUUAGUCUCAGCUGAAAGAUUCGAAACCGCCGAUCCGAGUUGGGCGGUUGUGGCCAGACCCGGUUGGCUUAUCUCAUAGCACUGGCGGAAGGCAGCGCCGGAGCUGAGGGUGUCUCUGGAAGCCCGUUGGCUCCGCGAUGAAGAAGAUUUUUGGUUUCUGGGGUAGGCAGAGCGACUCUCCUUGGGGCCCCUCCAGCAGCGAGCGGAGGGACAGCGGGGGCGGCCUGCGGAAGGACAGCAAGAGAGCCGACUCCCAGCCCGGGUACCACAUUGCAGACAAAGAUCUUGGGAAGAUACACAAGGCUGCCAACUUGGGCAAAGUAGCCCAAGUGCAGCAGGUCCUAUUGCUCGGAAAAAAUGGCUUAAAUGAUAGAGACAAGAUGAACAGGACUGCUCUCCAUUUGGCCUGUGCUAAUGGCCAUGCAGAGGUAGUAACUCUCCUAGUAGAGAGAAAAUGCCAGCUUAACCUAUAUGAUAAUGAAAACAGGACAGCUCUUAUUAAGGCCGUGCAAUGCCAGCAGGAGGAAUGUGCAACUAUUCUUCUAGAACAUGGUGCCAAUCCAAAUCUUACAGACAUCGGUGGCAACACUGCUCUCCACUAUGCUGCCCUUGGUCAGAAUUUAUCAAUAGCUGAAAAGCUGCUUUCACACAACGCAAACAUUGAGGCAAGAAACAAGGAUGACCUUACACCACUUUUACUUGCUGUAAGUGAAAACAAACAGCAAAUGGUAGAAUUUUUAGCAAAGAAAGAAGCAAGUAUAUGUGCAGCUGAUAUGAUGAAAAGCAAUCGUAAAGAGGAAAAGGAAUCUAAAAUUUCUUCUCAAAAUUCUCUAAAUCCUUCUCCAGAGUUUGCAGAUUGGGAUUCUCCUAGUUUCAGUUUUGAGACUUGUAAGAGAUCCAGAGAUUUGAAAAUUGAUGAUAAAUGUAUAUUUGUGUCACAAUCAAUCACCAGAAAUCAGACAGCAUCCACAGAAUUUGGACAGAUGACCUUAACAGAUAAAGAAAAGAUUAAUAUUGGAGCUGUGUUUCUGUUAGGGAAUUAUACGCUCUGUGACCUGUGUGAAUCACAGCUUUCAGAACAGAGAGAGAGCAAAGAAGAUUUGUCAGCAGAAGUAGACUUACAAAUGAUAUCAGAGGAAGAACAAGAAAGGCGUGAUGGAAGUGAAUAUAAUCACCCACAGGUUGAAGAAGAAAAGCAGCAGCACAAAAGUAAUGACAUGGGAGAAUCAGGAAACAUACAUGCUGCUGCUGCUGCUGCUGCUGGGUUAAUUCAACAAAGAAAAAGGGACAAAACUGAUAACCAGCAAUUUCCUCUUGCGCAGAGUGAAGAUUCUGAUAGCUCUCCAGGCCUUCAUAUGAAGGAAGUAAAGAAAAAUUAAAAUGACAAAUGGACAUCAGAAGAAUCUGUGACUAAACUAAUGUUUGAGAAGGCUGAUGCACUAACUGGUGGUCUACUACAAGUGAAUGAUGACAGCAGUUCAAGUGAAAUAGAUCAGGGUGAAGGAAGACCUGCAAAGAAAACAUCUGAUGAAAGGAAUAAGGUCAAAAAGCAAAUUAAUUCAAUGGAUGACCUUGAUGACUUAACUCAGUCAUCUGAAACAGCUUCAGAGGGCAAGAAUUCCAUGUUGCUAAUUAAACAACUUGGCAUGGAGUGUAAAGAUUCUGUGAGCUUACUGAAAAUCCAGGAUGUAGUUCUUUCAUGUGAAAGAUUAAUAGAACUUAAAAAAGGUCACUGUGAACUACUUAAAGGAAAAGUAAAAAAUAUGGAACAUAAGGUUAGUGGACUACAAAAGGAGCUAUCAGAAACAAAAGAGAUGGCAUCACAGUUAGAGCAUCAAAAAGUGGAAUGGGAACAAGAACUCAGCAGUUUGAGAUUUACCUUAAAACAAGAAAAAGAAAAGAGAAGAAAUGCUGAUAUGUUGUAUGAAAAAACUAGGAUGCAUUUAAGAAGAAAAGAGGAGCAAUACAGUAAAGAAGUUGAAAAGAAACAACAAUUGGAAUUUGCUCUUCGAACACGAGACAUGGAAUUGAGGACUGUAAGAAUUAAUCUGAAUCAGGUUACAGAAGAGCGAAAUGACAUUCAGAGGCAACUUUCUCAAGAACAGAAUGCCAGAAUAUUGCAAGACAGGAUUCUGACCAAUCACCUUUGCAAACAAAAGGGGACAGAAAUGGCACAUACAAAAAUGAAUUCUGAGGUUUCUGAUGGUCAUGAAAAAGAUCUCUUGCAUAAAAACCACAUGUUGCAGGAUGAAAUUGCCAUGCUAAGACUGGAAAUAGACACAAUAAAAAAUCAGAACCAGGAAAAGGAAAAGAAAUGUUUUGAGGACAUUGAAAUUAUAAAAGAAAAAAAUGAUGAUCUUCAAAAGACAAUAAAAGUGAAUGAGGAAACACUAACAAAAGCCAUACUCCAAUACAGUGGACAGCUUAAUGUCCUGACAGCUGAGAAUGCAAUGCUAAACUCUAAGCUGGAGAACGAAAAACAAAACAAAGAAAGAUUGGAGACAGAAGUUGAAUCAUACCAUUCUAGACUGGCUGCUGCUAUACAGGAUUAUGAUCAAAGUCAGGCAUCAAAAAGAGAUCUAGAACUCGCUUUCCAGAGAGCAAAAGAUGAGUGGUUUCGUUUACAGGACAAAAUCAAUUUUGAUGUGUCUAACCUAAAAGAUAACAAUGAGACUCUUUCUCAGCAGCUUUCUAAAGCUGAAAGUAAAUUCAAUAGCCUCGAAAUUGAGCUCCAUCACAUGAGAGAUGCUCUCAGAGAAAAGACUUUGGUUUUAGAACUUGUGCAAAGAGACCUAAGCCACAUACAGUGUCGAAAUAAGGAAAUUGAACAAAUGUAUCAGAAUGAGCAAGGUAAAGUGAGUAAGUACAUUGGAAAGCAGGAAUCCUUAGAGGAGAGAUUAUCUCAACUACAAAGUGAAAAUACCUUGCUCCAACAGCAGUUGGAUGAUGCUCAGAACAAAGCUGACAAUAAAGAAAAGACAGUAAUUAAUAUCCAAGACCAGUUUCAGGAAAUUGUAAAAAAACUGCAAGCUGAAAGUGAAAAACAAGAUCAUAUGCUGAAAGAAAGAAAUGAAGAAUUAAUCAAUUAUUGUAAUAAUUUAAAAGAAAGAAUGCAUCAGUAUGAAAAUGAGAAAGCAGAAAGAGAAGUAGUUAUGAGACAACUUCAACAAGAACUGGCUGAUACCCUAAAAAAACAAUCUAUGUCAGAGGCUUCUCUGGAGGUUACAUCAUGUUACCAAAUUAAUUUAGAAGAUGAAACACAGGACUUAAAGAAGAAAUUGAGGCAAAUCAGAACUCAAUUGGAAGAAGCACAAGGUCAACAUAUAGAGGCUGUAAGAUGUGCUCAGAAGACACAGGAUCACUUGCAAAGGCUUGAAAUCGAAAAUGACAACUUAAAAGUAACAAUCAAAAAGCAAGUAGGCAAAAUUGAACAGCUUCAGAAAAACCUUGUAAGUACAAGUUUGUAUCAAGGUGAAAAGGAACAGUUAAAGAAAUUGACAGAGUUAAAACAAUCUCUAGAACAUAGUUUGGAUCAAGAAGUGAAGAAAAACAGUGAAUUAGAAAAAGAGAUUUUUGGACUUAAGAAACUCUUAAAAAGGACAAGAAAGAAGUUAAAUGAAUAUGAAAAUGGAGAGCUUUGUUUCCAUGGAGAUUUAAAACCUGAUCAAACUGAAAUGGACAUUCAUAUUAAUAAACUAAAACAUAAGAUUAAUGAUCUUACAGCAAAACUGGAAACUUCAUCUUCAAAAUGUCAAAAUCUAGAUGCAAGAAAUCAAGUUCUUCAACAGGAGCUAUUAUCUAUGAGAGCAAUGCAAAAGAAAUGUGAAAAACUAGAGAAGAAUAAAAAGAAGUUGGAACAGAAAGUAGUAAACCUCAGGAAUUAUAUAGAAAUAAAUAUGGUAGAACACAGCCAAGUAGAACUGUAUAAGCGGAACAUUGAAGAAAGAGCAAGACAGGAAAUAGUAGAAAAAUUAAAAGAAGUCAAUCUGUUUUUACAGGCACAAGCAGCAUCUCAAGAAAAGUUAGAGCAGUUGAGAGAAAAUAAUAGUGCUUCAAUAAGAAGCGAGAUGGAACUCAGAAUUAAAGACCUGGAAUUUGAGCUCUCCAAAACAAAAACUUCUCAAUAUUCUAGUAAAACAGAAUUGGAAAAAUACAAGCAACUCUACCAGGAAGAAUUAAAAGUUAGAAAUUCAUUGGAAAAUAAACUAAACAUUCUCUACAGGACUAAUGAGAGGCUAACAGAGAUCAAUGCCAAACUUCUUGAGGAGAACCAGCAGAACAGAACUUUACUCAGCACUAUGAGACCAGCGCUGGAAACACCUUGCGUUGGAAAUCUUAAAGAUUCAGUGCUCAAUAGAAAUCUUACUCCAAGAGAAAACUUACCAAUUCCUACUCCAAACCCGCGGACUUCAGAUAACAUAGAGACGUUCCUUGCCAAGGUGCAGCAGGAAUUUGAAGAGAAUAUAACUAGAGAACUAGAAGAAGCUGCUGCUGAAUUUGAAUCUGAAUUCUGUAGAAUUCCUCCACUAGGAUCUACUGAUAUGUCAGAUUCAACUCAAUAUCUACUUUUGAAAACAGCACAAGAAUAUGCACAGAUUUUGAGGAAAAAUUAUAUGAUCUGAAAGAUAAAUGUAAAAAUAUAUAUACUGGUCUGUUUAUGUAACAUUUUCAUCCUUUUGCAUUAAACAUAGGACAUGUGAAAAUCUUUAUUAAAGGAAAAUAUUUUUGUUUCAUGUGUAUGAUGAAAAUUUAUACACUAUUUUAAACUUUAUUUCCUGGCACCUUACUAACUUUUAAGAUUUUGUGAAUGAAAGCUGGCACUAGGGAGCUGCCCGAGUACCAGCUAUUUAAAACAGCAUCCAAACACUCACAUUGUUGUUAAUACCUCAGGGGGGUUAAUUUUUAGCUUUUUUGUAUUUUCCACUUUUUAUCACGAUAUAUGGGCCUCAAGAUUUAGACAGACAUCAUUUUGAUAUGCUACUGCUAUGGAUUUUAUUAAUAUUUUGAUGUGUUAAUGAUUGUUAGAGUGCUAUAAAACAUGUAAUUUAAUUUUAAACACUGAUGCACAGAUAUUCAUGCAGAAAUAAGAUUUGCCUAAGGCUUUUCUCCUUUUCUAUUUAUUUAUUUUGAUUUACUUUUUGAAACGGGUGUUAAAAUUAGAGAAAAGUUCCCAGUUUUAGUAGAAAGAGCUUCAUUCCCUGGCAUCAUCUGAGAAUAUUUGCUGACAUUAAGCCACCUUCCCUGAUUCCUUUAGUGUUUAUUUCCUACAAGUUAGUAUGUUCCACAUAAUUACCAGAAAAUUAACACUAAUACAUUCGAGUAUUCAGUCCUCAUGUUUUUUUCACAUGUUGCCACUAGUCUGUAGUGUCCCUUAGAGCAAAAAGAUGCCACUCAGACCCACAGAUCACAUUUGGCUGUUGUGCCUGUUAGUCGUCUUCAGUCUGGAACAGUUCCUCACUCUGUCCUUGAUUUUCAUGACCUUAAAUCUUUUGAAGAGUAAAUCCCAGUAACAUAGAAUGUACCUCAAUGUGGAUUUUUCUGUUUUUAUUGAUAAGCUUCAAAUCAAACACUUUCAGCCAAAGGCUUACAGAAGUGGUCCUAUACUCUUUCUCCCUGCAUCCUGUCAUUUGGCCUAUGAUUUUGAUUUGUCCCCUUCCUGGUGAUGUUAGCAGUGGUCACUGAGAAUGUAGCAAGGCCAGAUUUCUCCACUAGAAUGUCCCCUUUUCACUUUAUAGUGAAUUAUUAUUUUAUAGGGAAGAGCUUUGAGACUAUGUAAAUACCUUUGUUCCUCAUCAAAUUUCUGAUUAUUCAUUUACUUCGGUCAAUAUGGAUUCAUUGUUUAUUUUAUUCAGUGGGCUAUAAAUUGUUAAUACCAUUUUUAAAGUUCAUUUUUCUUUUAGAAAUGUUCUAUUUUGAUAAUUUCAGACAUAUGGAAAAGUUGCAAGAAUAGUGCAAAGAACUCUUGGAUCCCAUUCCCCAAAUGUCAACAUUUUACUGUAUUUGCUUUAUGUUUUCUCCCUUCUCACUUUCUAGAUAAAUAUACAGGUAGGAAUAUAAUAGUUUUUUUUCCUGAACCAUUUGUAAAUUGUAGACAUGAUUACUCCUAUGAACAAGGAAUUAUCUUAACGUAACUGUAACAUAAUUAUCAAAAUCAGAAAGAUCUAUCGACCCUAUUCAGAUUUUGCUAAUUGUCUCAAUAAUAUCUUUUUUAGGCAGAGAAAAGCUAUUAUGCUGUGUUGUGUCCAAAAGUCCUCUGUCUUUAGUCGCCUUCAAUCUGGGGCAGUAUGUUAGUCUUUGAUAUUCAUGAUAUGUACAUUUUGAAGAGUGUAGGUCAGCUGUUUUAUAAGUAGUUCGGUUAUUCUGAAGAUUUUUCCUCAGUUCAGGUUUGUUGGAUACUUCCUCAUGAGCAGAUUCCGGUUAUGCCUGUUUGGACAGGAUUGUCACACAAGUGAUGCUGAGUUCAUGUCAAAACAGUAAAUCUUGAAGGCACAGUCUUGGUACCAUUACUGGCAAUGUUGACUUUGAUCAUUUCGUUAAGAAAUGUCUGUCAGGUAUGAAUUCAUAAGUAUGUAAUUGGAUAACAAAAUUAAAAGUUUAACUUUGAUUUUUAAGAUACAGUUGAUAUUAACAGAACUUAAAUAAUGUAUGUAUUAUACUUAAAUUGCCCUUUUUAGUACACUCAUAACUUCUUUUACCAUUACCGUGGCCUAUAUACAGAUUCAUGUUUUGUAAUUAUGAUGCUAACCAUAGUCUUAAUCAUUUUUAUUAAUUACCACCUAUAAGUAGCCAACUUUUCUUUUCUUCAGACAGAAAUCUACAAGACUAGGAAUCCAAAAAUUGCUGAUGCUUUUUUACGAAUACAAAUUGUAGAUUAUCCUUAUAAAUUUUAAGAUUGCAAAAGAAAUGCAUAUAUAAAAUCAUCUGAGACAUUUGGAUGUUGAAUCAUUUGAUAAUGGAUAGGAGUAAAUUCAUACGUUUUUGACUGAAAUUUUUUAUUUGUGGCAACAAAAAAUGUUGGAAAUUCUUUGAUUCUUUUACCUUUAAGAGGGGGAGCCUUAUUCUCCCUUUAGUAUGGACUACACUUAGGGGUAUAUUUCUAAUGAAUAGAACAAAGUGGUCAUGACAAUGUGUGACUUAAGAGACAAGGUAAUGCAAAGCACCAGUGUCCUCCUUUCUUUCUGAGAUCAUUUGUUCUGGCAGAAGCCAGCUGCCAGGUGGUGAGGACUCUUAAGCAGCUUUAUGGAGAGGUCCCUGUGGAGAGCUGAGGCCUUCAGCUGAUAGCCAUGUGAGUGAGCCAUCUUGGAAGUGGACCCUCCCUGCCUGCGUUGUAGGAAGUUACAGAUAAUCCAUUUCUGUUCAUGUAUCAGGAACAAAAUAAUACUCAGAGACUGACUUUUGCAGGAGUAGGUCAUGAAGAUUCAUGUCCUUAGAAGUUUGCAGGAAAGAGGUGUUUCUGUUUUAAUCAGCUGGAUGCAUUGAAAGUGUUGCUCAUCAAGAUGACAGUGUUUGGAGGUGUCCUAUCAAUUGUCUGUCUGGGCUGUUGAAUGCAGUAUUAAACCUUUUGAAAUUGAACUUCAAGAAGUUUGUAUCAAGGAGACCUGAUUUUAAGAGAAUUUAUCAUCAGCUGGAUGGAGAGUUUCUGGUAUGUGAUGUUGGUGGGGAUGGUGAAGGGAUUUUAUGUACUAUAGGCAAUCUUAACUGGGCUUGUGUAGGACCCAUAUGCAUUUUAAGCUGUGAAAGAUGGUAAACACAUUUAUAAGUCUUGGUUGUUUAGUUGGCUGAAUACACUUGAAUUUAAAUUGUAGAAUUAGGAAAGAUACAGAAGGUGAACUUACUCAUUGAGAAGAGAUCAAACCAUCUCUUAAAUAUGACUAAUUAAAAUAAUUUAAAACUUUUCAAAGAAAUAGAAAAUAUGCCUUAAAAUAAUUUGAUUACUAUAGUUUUAAAGAACUUAGUAUUUCUGACUUCAGUAUAUCCAUUACCAAAAAUGCUGAAAAGAAAAAUACUUGGGAAAAUAAAGGUAACAGAUAAUCUCAUUACUCAGAGGUCCCAUUUUAGAAUAAAUUCUUAAAUUUUUAAAUCUCUACACAAAUAUGUAUAUGCACACUAUUUAAAAGAAUGUUAUAGUUCUACAGUCUACUUUUUUCAUUUAACAACAUACUGUGAAUUUACUUCUCUAUCAAUAACUAUGGAAUGAAAAGUAACUGGAACCUGGGGUCAGAUUAUCUGGUUUGGAAUCCUUGCUCCUAUAUUUACUUGCUGAGUGACUUUGAACAUGCCACUGAACCUAUCUAAAUUCUGGCUGUCUUCAUCAGUUAAAUAGGAAGUAUGACAGGAACUAAUGUUUAUGACAAUAAAGUAAGUAAAAUACAUAAUACAAAACCUGGCAUAUAGUAAGAAACCUUUUAAUUUAUUAAUUCAAAUUUAUUUAGCAUCUACUGAGUUCAUUAUUGUUGCACUGGGAGAUAGUGUUGAAUGCAGUAAAGAAAAAUAAACUACAAAGUAUGUAAAUUAUAUGAAUAUUGCGUAAAAUAUUUUACAUUAAAUAAUUCUAUAAAGUAAAACAGAGAAAAAAAAUUGCCUGCCACAUGGAACUUACAUUCUAGAGGAAGAGUGUGGUAAAAUAAACAGUAAAUAUUUGGUCUUUGUUCCCAGUUCUUGGCAGAGCUCCUAAAACCCUUGGAAUUUCCUGUGUGACAGGACCAUCUUGUUAUUCUUAAGGAGACCCUUUGGGUCACAUUUGGAUUUAUGCCAGAUAAGGUGAUGUAGGGUGGGGUGUUUAGACAGUCUCAGGGCUGCAGGUGAUCUCCUGAAAGAUCUGGUGUGUUUAGAAGUUAGAAACUCUGAGUCCCAACCCCCUAGCCUCUGGGAGAGGAGGGCUGGCCUGGUGGCUGAGCUCUAUAAAUACUUGAACAAGGAGAUUCAAUGCAGACAUGCUCAGUGCAAGAGGGUUGUUCACUCCCAGUCCUUGGGACACAUGAGCCCUUUUGCUUAGGACCCUUUUGGACCUCCUCCAGUACACCUCCUCACCUGGCUGUUUAUUUCUGUUUCAUAAUGGACCAGUAAAUGUAAGUUUUCCUUCUUCUGGGAGCUGUUCUAGCAAAUUAUUGAACCUGAGGAAGGUGUUGUGGGAACCCGUGAUUUAUAGCUGGCAGACGUAUGGGUGGCCUGGGACUUGCGACUGGCAUCUGAAAUGGGGGCAGUCUUGUGGGCCAGAGCCUUUACCUGUGGAGUCUGCCCAACACUGGGUCGAUUAUUGUCAGAAUUGCAUUGAAUUCUGGUUUGUUGGUUGGUGUCCAAGAAUAGGUUGAGACAGAUAAUAAACAAUACAUACAUAAAUAAGUAAACACAUAAAGUAUGUUAGAUACUAAAGUGUCAAGAAGAAAAAAUAGAGCAAAGGGGAUAAAUAUUUUUAGGGGAGGGUUGUUGAAAGUUUAGGUUGGCUAGUGAAAAGACUCGCAAAGAGGAGACCCCUAAGUUAAAGAACUGAAGGGAGCACAAGAACAAGCUGUUAUUGACAGGAGGGAAUAAACAGCCAUGCAAAGUCCAUGAAGGAAGGCUGCCAGGUGUGUUCCGGGAACAGCAGGGAAGCCAGUGUGGCUAGAACACAGAGAAUGAAGUGAAACAUGGCAGUGAGUAAAUUUGGAGAGGUAAUAAAGAACCACAGAGGGCUCUCUAUGUCCUAGUUAGAUCUUUGGCUUUUACUGUAAAGGAAAAAUACCAUUUGAGGGUUUUGAGCAGAGGAGUGAUGAGAUCUGGCUUUUGGUUUUAAUAUAGCAGAUUCAGGGACAGUAGUUAGGAGGCUAUUGCAAAAGUCCACAUAUAAACAGUGGUAACUUAAAACAGGCUGGUGCAGUGGGAAAGUUAACAAGCAUAAAAUUCUGCAUAUAUUCAGACUUGUUAAGAAAUGCCUGAAUGUGGGUAAAAUUGUAGCAUUUCCAGAAUGUCUCGCCUGGCUUUACUAUAUCUGCAUAUCAAUAGGCAUUCAGAGGUGGAAAGAAGUAUGGCUUUAGUGCAUUUGCAUCUUUCCUCGGAGGUGGAGGAGUUCAUCUCCAUAUCAAUGGGUGAUUUACCUGGACAGCUGAGGACUUAUCUGUACCUGAGAGGUGAGGGGGAGGGACAGUGUUGUGGCUGCUGGAGCAGAGAAGAAAGAUGGCCUCAGAGUGCAGUUUGUGAGAAAUAAAUGGGUUUUAAGCUUUAUUUCUCCCUUUGACUGAUUUUGGUUUUUAGGAGUAUUUUGCCCAGGAUUUCCUUUCCCCAGACUGACAAUUGGCGUAGUAUUGGCAGGAUUCCUGUGAACCCAAAAUCUGUCAUAAUGGGUGCGACCUUUGGGAGGGCCGCCCCUAGAAAUGAUGGGGAAAAGCGGUGCUCGCGCCGAGGGACGUGUGUCUACACUCGUGUGGUCGUGGAGGCGCCACCACCGCUGCUGGCCAUGCCAACCCUGGCCCGUGGCCCGAGCCUAAAGCUACUGCUUCUGCCACUGCUGCUGCUCUUGCUGCCAGCCGGAGCCUGGCCACAACCAUGGAAAGGAGCAGAGGUCCGGGUCACCUUGAUAGAGAAGAAACUGUCUGCUGGGUACCAUGCCUUGCUGGCUACAGAGCCCAUCACCGGAACAGCUCCGACCAAGCCAUUCACUGGAUUUGGGAGAUAACAUUCGACUUCAUUUGUUUGAUGGUGGAACACUCGUGAUCGAAAACAUGCACGAGUCAGACCAAGGUGCAUAUCAAUGUGUGGUCAGAAACUCAUCUGGGGAAGAAAAGACACGGAAGGCCAGGCCCAGAUACUCCACUCCUCCAGGGGGGAGCAGAACAUAACAUUCCAGUUGUCAUUUCAAAAAUCUCCAAGGAGCAAAGAGUGGAACUUUCAGGACUGCUUUUUAUUGGAGACGUGAUUCUACAGAUAAAUGGAAUUAAUGUGAGAAAAUGCAGACAUGAAGAAGUGGGGAGUUCUCUUUCCUUUUCUCUAAUGUCACAAUUUUUCCCAUAUGCAAACAAGGAUGCAUUGAUAAAAAUCAUUCAUUUUAUUCAUUAAGAAAUGAGGACAUUGCUCAAUUAUGCUGUCAGAUUUUCAAAUGAUCUCAAUUUUUUUUACUAUUAGAAACAGAUCCAUAGCACCACCCAGGAUGAAAUGUAAUUCAAAUAAAUACCUACAGAGGUCACCUACUAUGUUUUUUCAGUUUUUCUGUUAAUCCCUACCAGUUAAUAUCCAAGUAUAUAUCUAGGUAAAAACUAUGUCUGAAUCAUUACAAAUAUUUAAAAGCUUAUAAAUGGUAACAUUUAUAUAUGUAAAAUCUCAGUAGCAAGGACAUUUGG